ACUGCAAAAACCAGGGUGUUAAAUAUUCAACACCAGCAUGGAAUAGAAAAAUAUCAACACCCUUGGUGUUCAUUUCAUGUCCGAUUGGCGAAAAAUAACACCAACGGUGUGAAAAUAUUCAAUUACAGGCUGAUGGUGUCAUAUUUGGUGUUAUAAAAUCGCACAUGCGCAUAAGCUAGAGAAUUCGACGAAAAUCAUUGGACGAAAGUUGUCAUAUGAUCCGAUAUGCGCCUCUGCAGCUGCGCGCGCACAGCUAGACGAGAGCAUGUGGCUAGAGAAUUUCACUGGCACUGACUUGAAGUCUUGAUUCUGGAGUAGUAAUUCUUCAAAUUAGGCCUAGAUUCUAGAUGUGAAGUGAUCGAAGUGCAUGCAACCAUGCCAUUAAGCGUCAGGGUCUGUUCAGCGGAUCGAAGUAUUAGAAAAUACCUGCCUAUAGAUCCAGAAGACACAGUAGGAUUCUUUGAACUCAUCAGAAGAAAAUUCCACAUAAGGGAUGGGGAAGAUCUCGUACUUGUGGAUGAACAAGAAGGGUUUGGUAUAGACGAUGACGUACUAGGAGAUGUGGUGACCAGCAAUCCCACAGUCAGCCUCAUGGUGCUAAAAGAAGAUGAAGAAUGGUCUGGUUCAGAUGUACAUAGCAUCACAAGUGCAGACACUAUCAAGGUGGAUACCAGCUCCUCUUCCCUGAGUAGCUCAGAAUCUGAUUCAAGUUUUUGCUCCAGUAGAAAGAGGCCACGAUUAAAUGCCCUCAGUGAAUCAGGUGCAAUCACUGACAACUCUUGUGAGUUUGUACAAGAAAUUUUGCGGCACAGAGGUGAUGCCAUUCUCCGAGAGUAUGAAUUGACUGGAGCACUUCAAGAUAAAACUAGACGGCAGAUGAUUAACCUUUUGGUAGCCCACAUGCAAGAACACUAUGGCAAACAUCCAAAAGCAGCUAUGAAAACCAAAUAUGCCAUGGGGAUAGUGAAUCUGUUUCCAAGACUCAAGGAUCCGUUUACUAGCACAGGUCAUGAAGCUUAUUUUGAUGCAAGAAGUAACACGGGAUUCCUGGCUGCUAGAAUAAAAAAUGUUAACCGCACAACAGAGGAGAAGACAUCCAACCCAUUACCCAAGCCAUCAAGCAGAGAUGGUGGUCCUGGGAAGGUCCGAGAAGGUGACCAAGAAUCUGCUCCAGGCUGCACCUAUGAUGAAGACCUCAACUGGUUACGACACUGUCCAACAUUAGAACGUGAUUCUACCCUGGUUGUUGAAAAGAUGAAAUCCACUUUUCCUGUUAGACAGCAUAUGGUCAGGGACGGACGCUCCGCAUCGGAUAUUUUGGAACAGUUUCCUUUUGAAACUGUUCCAGGUUUGAUUGAGGUAGAUUUUCGGAAACUUUUUCCUGAAAAUCACUCGCGUUUCCUGACCAAAUGGCCCGAGUUGAAGCCCAAGGUUGUUACACUUGCAAGACAACUUCUGAAGCAGAAAGGAAACUUGACAGUGAUGGAGCUUCUGUCAUCUUAUGACAGUUCUGAUCAAAAUAAAGAAGGAUGGAAUUCCAGCACAUCUGCUAUCCUCCUCCUCUUGUGCCUAUUGCCUCCUGCAAGCCAAGGGAAGUCCAAAGCUGCGUCAGCAAAAGUGUCCAUUUCUUCAGCUCUCUCGAGGGUUAUUCAAUUUCAGAAGACAGGAGGGAGUAUUCAAGCAUUCCUCGACAACACAAAAGAGACCAAGAGUCAACCGUUCCUUCUGGCAAUUGGCAAUUCCAAGGCCCGAAUCACCAACUACAUGAUCAAUGUGGAUCACAAGGCCAUUCCAUGUUCGGCACGCACGGUCGAAGCAGCAGUAGAUUUACUCUUCAAGACCCACUUUGUCUUUGGCCUGCAGUACUGCUUGUCUCUGCGGCAGUUCUGGACUUUUGUCCAGACUGCCAUUUUUGAAAUCGAUAUCGGAGUGUCCCGGGAAACACCAAGAGUACGUGAAAUUAGAUCGAAAUUGUUAGCACCAUGAUUUGCUUCAAAUGCCACAAACAGUUUGCAAUACCCAAAUUGGUUCAACAUUUGAGAUUGAAACAUGGAGUUAUUGAAGAUGGUAAAGAAGUAUUGACCUGUGGGCAGGGAGCUUGUGCGAGAACAUUUCAUACUUUUCGAGGAUUUCGGGGACAUUUGCAGACUCACCUUAAAACCGAUUUUCCAGAUAAUAAAGAGCAGUCUAAUGAAAAUGAUAAAGUGAGUGACUUUCCUGAAGAAAGUCUUGAAAGUCUUCAAGAAUACAAUAUUAAUAAUGAUGAGAUUGUUGAAGAUCAGGAUGUAUAUGAAGAUGACAUUUUAUCUGUAGAUACCUUGAACAGGCAGUGUGUAAAUGUAAUUUCAAAAUUUUCAGCAAAUAGUGCAAACUCUGGAAAAGUUGUAAAUGAUGUAGUAGAAACAACCAGUGCGAUUGUAGGUGAUGUAGUAAAAAGUGCAUCGGCAGCCGUUACAGCUGCUUUCUUAAAACAUAAGCUGCCUAUAGAAUCCGAGGCUUAUAAGGAGAUUCAAACACAUUUUGCUAUGCUUGAAAAGCCCUUUGAAAAUUUGAAUUCAGAAUAUAAGCGGACAAAGUAUUGUGAAUCAAUUGGACUUGUUGAACCACAAGAAAUCAAGUUAGGCAUCCGAUAUGAUAGUCGUCUCAAUAAAAGAACUAAGCAGUAUGAACAGAUUGCUAUUGAAGAUACAUUUGUUUACGUUCCCAUUUUAGAUUCUUUGAAGCAGCUUUUAAGCAAUAAAGAUAUAUUGCAUUUUGCUACUCAUGACCAUAAGAGCACAGAUGGUGUAAUGAGAGAUUAUUGUGAUGGUUCACAAUUUGAGAAAACCCCUCUUUUCCAUGAAGAUGAGAAUGCCCUCCAAAUUCACUGUUUUUAUGAUGAUUUCGAGACUGUGAACCCCAUUGGUUCAAAAACAAAAAUUCACAAGAUAGGUGCUUUAUA